AUGAUUGGUUUGUUGUUCAGAGCUUCUGGUGGUCUUGCUCCUCGUGGGUCUUUGAGUGAAGUGGAAAUCAAGAUUGAACCCAUUCCAAGAAUAAACGAGUCUUUAGAGGUCAAGAGAGCUAGACUCUUAUAUCAGUCCAGAAAAAGAGGUAUUUUAGAAACCGACUUGUUGCUAUCGCAGUUUGCUAAAAAGUACUUGCACAAACUAACCUAUGAUGAGCUAGUCGAGUAUGAUAAGCUAUUGGAUCUAAACGAUUGGGAUAUAUACUACUGGGUAACAGAAAACUACGACGUGACUCCUUUAAAAGACGAAUGGAAAGACAGUAAAAUUUUGAAACUAUUGCAACAAUCAAGCAAAAACGAAGAAGGAAAUAUUAUCAGAAUGCCUAAUUUAAGCGAGUAUAAAAAGGAUUAG